AGGAAUGAAAACAAUAUUUAAAAUACGGUUCUCGAUUUAGCAUAUCGCAACCAGAAGCUUCAAAAUAGUUAAUUUAGUGCUGUCAGAAUAGGAAGAACAGCGCAGUUUAUGACAAAAUGUGCAAUUUGAAGUUGGUGAAGGCAAGCUAAACAAAGAAAGAACUUGAACUGUGAAUAAAUUGCAGAUCUAUAGAAACGAGCCUUUCAAAAGUUACGGCGAUUUUGAAAAUCGCAUCGAGGGAUGAAUGUUGAGCUACGUGAUUUCGAGUUCAGUGAUUCAGAGACAGAUCUGCUUAUCGAAUCGAAUAAUAGUGGUCGCUCGCCGAACCGGGUUACUUACGGGGGCCGCUCGGCGCGUGGAAGAAGAAACCAAUCAUUUAAAAUGGGAAGUUUUCUAAAAAAUAUUUUCUGUUGUUGGUGCUGGGCUUGGCGAAAAUGGUGUGCUUCCAAGGAACUGAAACCUCGGACAAUCCUAAUCGGACAACCAUCAACCGAAAAGUUUCCGCCGAAUGAAAUCCGUAAUCAGAAGUACAACAUCUUCACCUUUUUGCCGCUGGUACUGUUCGAGCAGUUUAGAUUCUUCCUGAAUCUGUAUUUUCUAAUCAUGGCCGUGAGUCAGUUCAUUCCGGAUAUUCGGAUCGGGUAUCUGUACACCUACUGGGGACCGCUCGGGUUUGUACUGGCAGUAACCAUUUGUCGUGAGGCUGUCGACGAUUUACGGCGGCAUAAGCGAGAUCGAGAGGUCAACUCCCAAAAGUAUAAACGAUUUAGCAAUGCCGACAAACCACCUGAGCUGGUUUCCUCGUCGAAAUUAAAAGUAGGCGACAUAAUUAUGGUGGAGAAGGACGAGCGUGUUCCAGCCGAUCUAAUACUGCUACGAACUAGCGAUAAAAGCGGAGCGGUGUUUGUGAGGACUGACAUGUUAGACGGUGAAACCGACUGGAAACUGCGCUUGGCUGUACCAGCCACACAGAAAUUAGCAUCCCACAGUGAUUUGUUCAGUAUUGGAGCUUCACUGUAUGUUGAAAAACCACAACGGGACAUUCAUACGUUUAUUGGAACCUAUUCGAAGCUUGAAGGUUCCGAAGAUGAAGGUCUUAACGUGGAAAACACCCUAUGGGCUAACACGGUCGUGGCAUCCGGAACUGCUGUGGGAAUCGUAAUCUACACUGGAGCCGAGACGCGAAGCGUAAUGAAUAAUUCGCAACCUCGAUCCAAAGUCGGUUUAUUAGAUCUCGAAAUUAACGGCCUGACAAAGGUACUGUUCUGCGCCGUCAUUGGACUUUCUUUCGCAAUGAUGUGCUUGAAGGGAUUCAACGGGCCCUGGUAUCGGUACAUGUUCCGAUUUGUGCUGCUAUUUUCCUACAUUAUCCCGAUUAGUUUAAGAGUUAAUCUAGACAUGGGAAAAGCGUUCUACUCAUGGCAGAUUCAAAACGACGAAGAAAUCCAAGGUACAGUGGUUCGAUCUACAACAAUUCCGGAAGAAUUGGGGCGGAUUUCAUAUCUGUUGACGGAUAAAACUGGAACAUUGACACAAAAUGAGAUGAUUUUUAAGAAGAUUCACGUUGGAACAGCAGCUUAUGGAAGAGAUACAUUCCCGAUGGUGUCAGCAGCGAUUCAAUCGGUAUACAGUAGCAUCUCAGUUCAAGGAGACGGCUCACCUACCAAACCGUCCGGAUAUCAACCGAGACUGAGAAAACCCGACGGUUGGCGAAUAUGGGAAUCUGUUAAGGCUCUAGCUCUUUGUCACAAUGUAACACCCGUCUACGACAACGGCAAUACGGGGCUCGGCAUUAACGGAUCUGACCGCAGAAAUUCUCCUUCAAGAUCGAUUUCAAUAGAAGCCCAGGAAACGGUAAAGCUACCGGAGAAAACAUAUCAAGCUUCUAGCCCAGAUGAGAUUGCUUUGGUCAAGUGGACAGAGUCUGUUGGGCUGACAUUGAUCAAUCGUGAUUUAAACCAUAUGACUUUGCAGAUACGUGACAAAGACGCACCGGUCAGUUCGAUGAAUGAGAAUGCUUCGAUCAAUACUACGGUGACUAAUCUGUCCGGGAAUUCCAAAACCGACCUCAACUCUCCAUCAAGCUCAGGCAGUGCCGUCUCGCUGAGUUCUCUCAACGGUGGCAUUAUGAAGUAUCAAAUCCUGCAAACGUUUCCUUUCACCAGUGAAAAUAAACGAAUGGGAAUUAUAGUGAAAGAGCUAAACAGCGGGGAAAUUACCUUCUACUUGAAAGGAGCAGACGUUGUUAUGUCUGGAAUUGUGCAGUAUAAUGAUUGGCUUGCUGAGGAAAGUGGUAAUAUGGCCCGCGAAGGUCUUCGUACGUUAGUGGUGGCGAAGAAAGUACUAAGCGACGAUCAAUACAGUGAUUUCGAAACGCGAUACAAUGCAGCCAAAGUCAGUGUUACAGAUCGUGUGGCAAAAGUGUCGGCUGUUAUCGAGAGUCUAGAACGAGAGAUGGAAUUAUUAUGCUUGACGGGCGUAGAGGAUAGGCUACAGGAACGUGUAAGGCCAACGUUAGAGCUUUUACGUAACGCCGGCAUCAAAAUCUGGAUGUUGACAGGUGAUAAACUAGAAACAGCCACGUGUAUCGCAAAAAGUUCUCACUUAGUGGGUCGAAAUCAAAACAUUCACGUGCUGAAAAGUGUUCUAACUCGAACUGAUGCCCAUCUAGAGCUGAACCAUUUUCGUAGAAAGCAGGAUUGCGCUCUGGUAGUAUCUGGAGAAAGCUUAGAAGUUUGUCUUCAGUACUACCAACCAGAAUUUAUGGAGUUAGCAACUGCUUGUCCAGCCGUGGUCUGCUGUAGGUGCAGUCCAACACAGAAAGCGCAAGUUGUGUCACUUAUACAGAAAUACUCAGGCAAACGUACAUGUGCCGUCGGGGAUGGAGGAAACGAUGUUAGUAUGAUCCAACAGGCAGAUGCAGGCAUAGGCAUUGAGGGUCGAGAAGGAAAACAAGCAUCCCUGGCUGGUGACUUUAGUAUUCCUCAAUUCUCACACAUAGCCAAACUACUGAUCGUGCACGGACGGCGUUCAUACAAGCGAUCCGCGGCACUAUCACAGUUUGUCAUUCAUCGAGGUUUAAUCAUAUCAACCAUGCAAGCUGUUUUCUCAGCAGUCUUUUAUCUGUCCUCCGUUGCCUUAUACCAAGGAUUUCUAAUGGUCGGUUAUGCUACCGUGUACACCAUGUUCCCAGUUUUCUCACUUGUCCUGGAUCAGGACAUCAGUUCGAACAUUGCACUUACCUAUCCAGAAUUAUACAAGGAAUUAUCCAAAGGGAGGAGCUUGAGUUACAAAACCUUUUUUAUGUGGGUGUUGAUCAGCAUUUAUCAAGGUGGUGUCAUUAUGUAUGGAGCGUUAAUCCUAUUCGAAGACGAAUUUAUUCAUAUUGUUGCAAUCAGUUUCUCAGCACUGAUUUUAACGGAGCUUAUAAUGGUUGCAUUGACGAUCAGAACGUGGCACAAAUUAAUGGUACUGGCAGAGCUAUUUAGCUUGGUGCUAUACAUAAUCUCCUUAGCCGUGCUUCACGAAUACUUCGACUGGGAGUUCAUUUGGUCAUGGGAGUUCCUCUGGAAGGUCCUAGUGAUAACGCUUGUCUCCUGUUUGCCACUGUACAUUCUAAAAUUCUUGAGGAAGAAAUUUUCACCUCCAUCCUACUCGAAAUUGUCAUAAGUCUAUUAAAGUAAAAAACAAAAACAAAUAGUGAAUUGUCACAAGUUUUCGGCUCUCACAAUAGCAAACUGAAGUCUAAUGUUUCGCACCAUACGACAACAAUGACUGUUUUCUAUUAAAAUUAUUGUUACUUAUAAUUUAUUUCUCUGCAGUAGUUAAAAUAUCUGCUGAUGCUCGCACCUAUGUCAACACUUUUUAAUUGAUGCCGCUAUAAAUUCACAGCUUAUAUUUAUCGGGCUGAUUUCGUAAUUUUAGUUAAUCACCAAAGUAUUACACAAUCCAUAAAUAUUUUACGCUGCAAUAUCAAUUCACCAUUUUAAUAUUAAAAAGGACUAUAUUGUUACUUCCCUGUAUCUUGUGAUGUGAAUAAUAUAAAUAUUCGUGAUAUAAUUUAUGUAGCAUUUUAUGUUACUACACACUCAAAGUUUAAUCAGCGAAUUAUUCUUACGAUUCCAAUGUUAAUACUGCUAUGUGAAGAAUCAUUGAUUAACAUUUGCAAUUAAUUAUUAAUAGUUUUCCAGAUCAAACUAUAAAAAAUCGACAUUUUCAGCAUAGCAUAUUUCGUAUACAGAAUAUCAUUAUUGUAGUGUUUUAUAAAGAAGAGCUUUUCAGUUGAAUACACGUAUAGUGUAAAUCGUAAGGAUAGGUGAACAUACGGGUGCACAACAGCGCUAUCAGUAACCGAAAAAUGAUCGAAAAUAGAGACUACAAUGACUACUAACUGAAAGAAGAACAAUAAAAACACAGUUUUACUGAAUAAA